AUGAAAUCACUUUUCCAGGGUGACCCUUCAUGCCUGUCUCUUUAAUUGCAGGAGGUUACGAGAGGUUUUAUUCAGAGUACCCAGAAUUCUGUGCAAAAACAAAAUCCCUGAGCAGCAUUUCUCCACCAACCAGCAUGGAGCCAAUCGAACUGGGGUGCAGCUCCUGUGGGACCCCCCUGCAUGAUCAGGGAGGUCCAGUCGAAAUCCUUCCCUUCCUCUACCUUGGCAGUGCAUAUCACGCAGCCCGGAGGGACAUGCUGGACACACUGGGCAUCACAGCCCUCUUGAACGUCUCGUCGGACUGUCCCAAUCACUUCGAAGGACACUAUCAGUACAAGUGCAUCCCAGUGGAGGAUAACCACAAGGCCGACAUCAGCUCCUGGUUCAUGGAAGCAAUAGAGUAUAUAGACUUGGUGAAGGACUGCCAUGGCCGGGUACUGGUGCACUGCCAGGCUGGCAUCUCCCGCUCUGCCACCAUCUGCUUGGCCUACCUGAUGAUGAAGAAGCGCGUGAAGCUAGAGGAGGCCUUUGAGUUUGUCAAACAGCGCAGGAGCAUCAUCUCCCCCAACUUCAGUUUCAUGGGUCAGCUGCUGCAGUUUGAGUCCCAAGUACUGGCAACCUCCUGUGCUGCCGAGGCUGCCAGCCCCUCGGGGACGCUGAGAGAACGGGGCAAGGCCUCCUCCACACCAACCUCCCAGUUUGUGUUCAGCUUCCCAGUCUCCGUGGGCAUGCACACGACCCCCAGCAGCAUCCCCUACCUGCACAGCCCCAUCACCACCUCACCCAGCUGUUAGCGCCUGGCACUAACUAAGGCACUGGGGCAGUGCCUCCAGCACGAGGGAUGCUGACCUCACAGCUGCUGCCAGCCAUGAGACUGCAAUAACUGCCUGGCAUCGCUAGCCAGCCCCGCCACUCUCACCUUGACACCGAGCAAUAACGGUUGGUCUGCCACUGGCUUCAAGCUGCCUAUAGGGGUCCUUGUUUUCAUAGAGAAACUUCUUACCUCAUUUUUAUUUAUUUAGUUAGUUUUUAUUUUUAUUUUUUUGCUUUUAAAGCAGUAAGGCUUGAAGUUGUGAAUUCCACAAAUCCUGACAAUGUGUCUGACCAGUUUCGUUUUGGGGGAGAAAAUUACAAUUUCCCAAAGUGCCUGGUUUUGAUUUUUUUCCCCUUAAUAUUUCUUUAAUAAAAUCCCCCAAAACAAACACCCAGCAGAAAUAUUUUUAACCUGGGCAGGAGACUUCUGGUUUUUAAAACAUGGACUUGCUAAAAACAAAGUUUGAGACCAUGAGAUUUAUUGCAGUGCUUUCCUCUGAGUAUUGAAAUGCAACACUUGUGCUGUCAGUGAUUCUAUAACCUAUUUAUGUUUUAACUAUGAGCACAACAGCAUGCAGGUCUCAAAGCAGCUAGAGAACAAAUCCUCUUAUCACAGGCCUGCAAGGACAAGUGUGGGGAUACUGCACCAUUCUCCUGUGUCGGGGGGACAGGGAUUAACAGGUGCAUUUCCAGGCUGGACACAAGUGAGUUCAAAUCACUCAGUCACUGCACCAUGGACUCUUCCAUCCAAGGAACAAUCUCUGUGCAUAGUGGUAGCUCAUACGGGUAGUAUCCUGUCUCCUUCCUAGCCCUGCUUGUAUCUUGCAUCAGAAAAGGGGUGGUUUCUUUACUUGGGCAUGGCCAAUGCUUUUACACAUGCUCUGCACUCAUCACACUCCUCUGGAACAUUGUGUCCAUCUUGGCAUGAGCUGAUGGGGACUCUGUGCUGAGGCUCCUGGAUGCUUUCUUGGGAUCCAGCCUCUGAGGAUAGAAGGUAACAGUGCCAUGCUGGGAGCUUGGGACCAUGGCAUGCUAUGGUGAUCAGUAAUUCAUAAGCAUCAGUGACAGUAGGGUGCUGCUCUGGCUGCCUCAGAAAUGUUAUUCCCCAAAUCAGAAUAGCCUUUUUCUCCACUAGAGUAGUGUUCUUUCUCCAUUAGGGAAGAAUCUUGGCACCUCUGGCAGGGUCACUGUCCUGUCUGUGGAUGCAGGAGGCCUUUCCCACUCUGAAUGUACAGUGCAGUUGGGUGUGGAUGGUGUCAUUUAAAGCCAUGAGUCUGCAAUACCCUGCUCCAACCCCAGACUCAUGGGCAGGAAUGAAUCCAGCUAUACUAAGACUCUAUCCUGCCUGAGACUGCAUUUGCUGGUAAAAUGGUUACUAGCUUUUUGUCCCCUUGUCAAUGUCCCUAGUGUCACUCUAGCUGCAUGCAGAUCCUGGUCCCCUUGGCACAAGCCCCAUUUAUUUUACUGAGAUCUGGGGCUAACAAGGUAUGUCUACACUGCCCAAAAAAACCCCGGGAACCCUGCAGCAGCGAAUCUCAGAGCUCGGGUCAGCUGAAUUGGGCUUGGGCUGGGAGGUAUGAACAGCCGUGUAGACCUUCUAGCUUGGGCUGGAGCCUGGGCUCUGAAACCUGGGAGCUCUGAGCCUCACUGCCACAAGUCUGGGUUUUAUUUCUGUUGGGUGGUGUAGAGACAACCAUGGGGUCCAUGGCAGCAAGCCCAAUUUUCCAGCGCAGCAGAUUGAAAUAAAAAACAAAGCAGCAGCAGCUAAUGGAGCUAUUUCCUCUUCUGUGUCUGGGAUGUUGGACCAUUCUGGCCACUUGGGGACACACUUUUCACUGCUGACAGCUCUUCCCUUGCCUUUCUGGCAGUGUUGAUUUCUCCAUGGGAUUUGUCCCUUAGUUCUGUUUGAAACUCUCCCCAGAGCAGUUGCACAGCUGAGAACCAUCAGUUCCCCAGAUGUAAAUACUGCUGGACAAGCUGACUGUUCUGCCCUGGGGUGGGCUGCUUGUGGCAGAAGGAAGCAAUAGUGUUUGCCAAAAUGGUAUCUGAAUAAUGCCCCCAUCAACCCUUUCUGAGCAGAGGUUUCUCUUCUCCUUCAGCCCCCCUUACACACCAGCUUGGCCCCUGACUCAGCCUGGGUUGGAAUGUGCUAAAAUUACCCAUUAAAGGAAUAAACUCUGUGCCCUACCAGGGGAAGUAGAACAUUCAUCCUUGCAUUAAAAACCAGUCUGUUAAACGAAGAUAGUUUGGCUCAAAUGUUCAACAUAGGCAGCUAAGCUGCACCUCUGAGCGUCAAUCAACAUUGGGUACUUGCACAUGCCAGCUGCUUGGCACAUGCAAAAGUAAAAUGUCUUGCAGUCAUAGUUUUGGGUUUUGGAAAAUGUCCCUUUGUAUGUGCCACACCAAAAUGGUAACUCCUCCCCAAGCCAAGGCCUCAGUGAUCUGAUCAGUUAAGACAGAGCACUCUCACUAGCCUGCAGUUAGCAUUGAGCAAAAUUGCAUUUCACAUAAUUCUGCUGUUAAUGCAAAUGCACCAUGUAGUCUGUAACCUCUUCCCUGGGAGCAGGGUUCAAAACUGCCAUCACCUACCCCCCCCUUUUUUUUUCUAGUGUAUUGUUCAGUGUUUGUAGGGGGGGGGGGAAUCUAUACCUGUAUCUAUUUAAAUACACUGUUUACCAAGAGCAAGAAACCAUUCAAACCUAGCUGGACCUGUUGUGUCACUGGAUCUCUGUCAUCUUUGCAGUUUCUUCCAUGUGGAGUGUGGUGGAGGUGAGCACCUUGCCCUCAGCACCUGUGGGGCAGCCAGCUAACACUGGAGCUCAGGGGUGAAUGGCUGACAGUGCUGUGUGCAGUGAGCGCUUAAUGUGGAUUCCCUAGUCCAGGCCACUGUAGCAGGGCAGGGAGUGUAGAGAGAAGUGGAGCUUGGUGCCAGUGCCAUGGUGGGGGA